CAUAACCUCCCCUUCCAAGACUUGCCAGUUGCCAGUAUUUCGACCCCCAAAAAUUUCCUAGCGCAGAAGCAGCAAAACAUAUCUCUCUCUCUAUCUCAAGCAUGGUGUCGUUGGUACCGACUAUUGGGUCCACGAUUUCCCGCCUACCCUUUCUGCCCAAACCCUCGAUCUACUUUUCCUUCAGAGCCCUCAGAACAUCAAAACUGCCCUACAGAGAACUUACCCCCACACCAUCUCCACUCAGUUCCUCAUCGGCCGUACACUCGAUGUCGAACUCGGAUUCCCCAAAACCCAUCGCCGAAAACCCAUCAAACUUAUCCGAUAAUUUGGUCAUUUUGGGCAUUGAGACGAGCUGCGACGACACUGCUGCUGCUGUUGUUCGAAGUAAUGGGGAAAUUCUCAGCCAAGUUGUGUCGUCUCAGGCAGAUUUGCUUGCUCGAUAUGGAGGAGUUGCGCCUAAAAUGGCCGAAGAAGCACAUGCACAAGUGAUUGAUAAGGUAGUACAGGAAGCACUUGAUAAAGCUAAUGUAAAGGAGCUGGAUCUUUCUGCUGUUGCCGUCACAAUUGGACCUGGUUUAAGCCUUUGUCUACGUGUUGGUGUGCAGAAGGCUCGAAAAAUUGCUGGUUCUUUCAACUUACCAAUGGUUGGUGUCCAUCACAUGGAAGCUCAUGCUUUAGUAGCCAGGUUAACGGAACAAGAGUUGCAAUUUCCUUUUAUGGCCCUGCUUAUCUCAGGAGGACACAAUCUUCUAAUUCUUGCACGCGAUCUCGGCCAAUAUGUUCAGCUUGGGACAACGAUAGAUGAUGCAAUCGGUGAGGCAUAUGACAAGACAGCAAAAUGGCUUGGUCUUGAUUUGAGGAGGAGUGGAGGGCCUGCUGUAGAAGAGCUUGCUCGAGAAGGUGAUGCCGAAUCAGUAAAAUUCUCUGUUCCAAUGAAACAACAUAAAGAUUGCAACUUCUCAUAUGCUGGCCUGAAGACUCAAGUGAGGCUGGCAAUUGAAUCCAGAAAUGUUACUGAAAUUCCCAUUUCUUCAGCAAGUAGUGAAGACAGAAGUUCACGAGCUGAUAUUGCCGCCUCUUUCCAGCGAGUUGCAGUGUUACAUCUGGAGGAAAGGUGUGAACGAGCGGUUGAAUGGGCAUUGAAGAUUGAGCCCUCCAUUAAAUAUUUGGUAGUCUCUGGAGGUGUUGCAUCAAACCAGUAUGUGAGGGCUCGACUCAAUCAGGUUGUCAAGAAGAAGGGGCUGGAACUUGUGUGCCCUCCUCCUAGCCUUUGUACUGACAAUGGUGUAAUGAUUGCUUGGACGGGUAUUGAGCAUUUCCGUGUGGGAAGGUUUGAUCCACCACCUCCAGCUGAUGAAGCUGAAGAUAACAUACUUGAUUUGAGACCAAGAUGGCCACUUGGAGAGGAAUAUGCUGAAGGUAAAAGUGAAGCUCGGUCGCUGAAAACGGCCCGGAUUCAUCCAUCUCUUACAUCUAUGAUCCAAGCAUCUCUGCAACAACAAUCAUAGCCUGUAUCUCUACAAGGCUUCCAUUUGCUUUAGUCCAUGAUCUCAAAGGUAAAAGUAAUUUCUUUGGAUCACACGGUCUCUGUUGUGCUGGAAGUACUUCAGACUUCUUGGACGACAGAGAGACAUCGUUCAGUUCCAUCGUCGCACAAUGUUUAAAGAAACAAAAGAUUUUGUGAUUCCGAAGGAUCCAGCUACAGGAGAAGUAGGAACAGAGCUUUCCCACAGUGGAGAGUGAUAUUGCAUCAAGUGUUCAGAAGUGGUAUUAAGAAAAGUUAUUGCUCUAUCUCCACAUUGUAAGAUCAGCUGCAUGCGUUUUCUGUUCAGAGAGAGAGAUAUAGGAGGAGGAGGAGGAGAGUAUUGAGCCCUCAAAGUUGUAUAGUCUAUCAUUGUACAGUUUUGAGGAUAAUGGUAGUAAUCUGACCCCCUUUUUUUUGUUCUCUUGUUGUGAACUCAAAAAUAGUAGUCACACAAAAGGAAAGGGAUCCUUUCCGGUCCAUAAAAAUUGACAGGCAGUCCAGUUUGUUUUUA